AUGGUUCACUCCGAUAUACUGGCCGACCACCCGCGUUCGUGCCUGGAGUCGCUCCCCGUAGAGAUCAUCCAAUUGAUCUUCCUCCACAGCCUAGAAAUCAACCUCCCGCGUGCCUCACCGCAUCUGAGUCGUGCCCUAUCCAGCCCACUCCUCUACACCUGGCUCAUCCGCUUAGUCUUCAGCUCCACGAAUUCAGGCUCCCGGAGUGGAUUCUUCACCCCAGACUUCUUACCCCCACCACUCGAUUUCUGGGAUCUAUCAUGGGAACAACGGCAGCAGCUACAAACCACCCUGCUCGCAUGUCGAUGGUGCACACUUCCGCUGAUGCGAAAAUGUCAACGUGAAUACGUAGAUCAUGUCAUACGACGCAAGUGUGCAGAUCUACUAUUUUCCCCAGAAGACGAAGAGACAAUUAAAUGCCUAAGUCCCCGAUUCGACGAUCUAGAAGUCCAUGAUCGUCCGCGCAUGAAUGAUCGCCGUGGAAAAGGCGAUCUAGUCUUCCACGCCCAACUGCCAGAAAAUCAAAUCAAGACUCAAGAUGCAACGAAACAAAGACACCGAGCUUCAUCAUCACGGAGCAAUAUCGAUCGCAAGGUCGCAAUCUGGUUCCACUAUGGUGCAGUACAGGUUCGUGAACCAAGCGACGUAUACUACGAAAACGAUCUUUUCCGUCUUCCUUCCUCCACAGCAAUCGGCCCCGGUCGAAUCCCUGAUAAACUACUGCAACCUCCGUGGUCUGAUUCGCAAUUCGAUUUCCUUCAUCUCUUGUCUACGGACUUUUACAUAGAUGAAGAUGAGUACUUGAACGAUCGAUCGAGCGAGAUUACAAGUCGGUUAAUACGCAAGCGGAAAAGCAAGCCUUUUCGUCAGCUGCUGCAGAUGUCAUUUCGCGCCGCAAAUUGUCGGGUCCCGGCACCGUGGCCGUUACAGAGCUCACAUUAUCACUUGGUUAGACGGUACGCCGAGGGGGAAGGGGAUCCUUUUGCAAGGGCCAUUUUGGAGGAGAGAUGGGAUGAUUUAAUGGCAAAUGUGGAGGGGGAUUUAAUGCGGUUUUAUGAAAUGCAGGCUGGGGUCGAGAUGACCUAA